AUGCUCCUCCACUAUCUGUUGCUUUUAAUAAUCACCAUCGUUUUAAUAUGUGUGGUUAUAAAAAUUCAAUUAAAUAAAAAACCAUUCCAACUGAGAAAACUGCCGUAUAUUGCAUUCAGAAAUGUAAUAAAUUCAAUGGAUAUUAAUAAAGUAAUUGAUUUAUCCAUGAAAUCUACUCGUUUCCGACGGAGUUUGAAACAAGUAAAUCGAAAAAUUUUCAACCUGAUCAUUGAACGCUAUAAAAAGUAUUCUUCCAAAUUGGGAGAAGAUUCCUGGUAUCGAAGAAUAAUUGUGAUGGAAACAGAGAGAGAUAUGCAAUUUGUGUAUCACUUUAUGAUGAAUAAGGCACGAAUAGAAGGAUACGGCUUGGCAACUCAUGAUGGCGUCAAUGAUCAUAUAGGCUUCUUUUGCACAGAAUAUAAGGAAGUGAACAAGUCGCCAUGUAUGUCUUAUGGAACUUCACAAGAGUUAAUCAAACUUUUGGAUACCUUAAACGGAUCUUUUUUAAUCGAUCAUGUUGAAUUGACAAUAGACCGUCAUGAAAUCUUCGGGGAAUUUAAAUCCGCGUUGAGCCAUCCUUUAUUUUGAAAAUGCCAUUUUGUUAAACUUCUUGGAGACGAUUCGUAUAUUUCAACAGAGGAUAUGGAAGGAGAUGUUGAAUUGACAAUAGACCGUCAUGAAAUCUUCGGGGAAUUUAAAUCCGCGUUGAGCCAUCCUUUAUUUUGAAAAUGCCAUUUUGUUAAACUUCUUGGAGACGAUUCGUAUAUUUCAACAGAGGAUAUGGAGUUCAUAUUAAAGAAUUUUGAUUUGAAAUAUGGAUUUUCAAAUAGUUGUUUACACCGAGCCGGUUUCAACAAAAAACUGUGGGUCAACAUUCCACGAUUGGAUUUCCAAAAAUGUUUUCCGAACUCAACAUUAACAUUAGACGAAUUGAAAAAGAUGAAUUACGAAAAGAUUCGAUUCGAUUAUCUUGGUGGAUUCUCGGGAAUGCAACUAAACGAGUACAUCCGAUACUGGUUAGACGGGAAUAUGUCAAAACUACGAAGAUUUCAAAUAAAUUUCUGGAAUGAUCAGUGGGCUUAUGACUUAUGGAAUCGUUUACCGCACUCUUCCGAGUGGAAUCCAAAACGCCGAUCAAGAUAUUUCUAGUG